CACAUUAUACACACGGUUGUGUUCACACUCAUCUUCAUUUGGCUUUCAAUUUUGUAUCAUUUAAAUAGAGCUCUAUCGCACUAGUGUUUCCACUUACUGUACAGAUAAAUAGGUUUGCACGCAGUUAAAUAAGUUUGUAAUAAAAUCUACAAUAAAAUGCAACAAUUCGUUCCACAUUUCCUUUUGAUUAUCAUUUUUACAAGCGGUAUAGACUUGGUGAAUUGUGAGAAAUCAAUGUUUCGAAAGAACUUGGGCGCUGAGUUAGAAGCCAUUGAUCAAGCUUUAGACAAUCUAAAUAGGCAUCUAAGGAAUACAAUAAAUGAAAUCGUCGGAAAUGAAUUUGGUAGUUCAAUUUUGAAUGCUGUACAAGAGGAUCUGAAUACAUGUUUUUAUCCAGUGGCGGAAGAUCUGGAAGAGCUACAUGAAAAAUAUCUUGAAUGUUGUGAAAAGUUCAACCCUGUAUACUCUGAAUAUUUAAAUAUUGUGACUUCGAUGAAGGACAAGAAGAAAAAAUCUAAUUUCACCGCUGUGGCCAAUCAAUGGGAAGGAAAAGUUCUGAUGGCAUUCAAGAUUAAUGUGUCCAUAACGGAUGUAAAGAAGAAUCUGAACCAACUUGCAAAUAAAAAUACUAGUGUAUUCUUUGCAAUACUGGAUGGUGUCAGAGCGGGGAGAAGUGUUGAGGAAAAUUUGAUCACCUGGAAAGGUGUAAAGAGCGUGGCGAUUGAAACUUACGCUUUAAUUGUAAAAAGAAUAGCAGAUGCAAAAUGUCCAGAGACCAAUGGAUUCAUAAGUGAUCUGAAAAAGGCUCUUCGCAUAUAAAUGGAAGAAUAUUGUCAAAAUGUAAUUUAUGUUUUUGUUCAAAAAAUGAAAUAUAAUGCAAAAAGUUCAACGGCCUUCUUUAAUAAAGAUCAAUAAAAUAUUGAAAUUUCAUACUCGGUUUUUUCCAUGCUACCUCAAAAAAUAUUUAUCGAAUCGAAUCAUCAACGUCAGCUGUUAUUCUUACUUCGAACUCUGUAGGAAUUGAACAUUUACAAAUAUUUUGUAAUUCUUUCAAAUACAGGCAUAUUUUCACAAUUAAA